AUGUCCAACAGCAGCUCCAUCACCCAGUUCCUCCUCUUGCCAUUUGCAGACACACGGGAGCUGCAGCUCUUGCACUUCUGGCUCUUCCUGGGCAUCUACCUGGCUGCCCUCCUGGGCAACGGCCUCAUCAUCACCACCAUAGCCUGUGACCAGCACCUCCACACCCCCAUGUACUUCUUCCUCCUCAACCUCUCCCUCCUUGACCUGGGCUGUAUCUCCACCGUUGUCCCCGAAUCCAUGGCCAAUUCCCUCUGGGACACCAGGGCCAUUUCCUACGCAGGGUGUGUGUCGCAGAUCUUUUUUUUCCCCUACUUCAUCACAGCAGAGUAUUGUCUUCUCACAGUCAUGGCCUAUGACCGCUACGUUGCCAUCUGCAAACCCCUGCACUACGGGACACUCCUGGGCAGCAGAGGUUGUGUGCACAUGGCAGCAGCUGCCUGGGCCAGUGGCUUUCUCAACACUUUUCUACACACGGUCAACACAUUUUCACUGCCACUCUGCAAGGGCAAUGCUGUGGACCAGUUCUUCUGCGAAAUUCCUCAUAUCCUCAAGCUCUCCUGCUCACACUUUUACCUCAGGGAAGUCUGGGUUAUUCUGGUUAGCCUCUUAUUAAUAUUUGGAUGUUUUGUUUUCAUUGUGGUGUCCUAUGUGCAGAUCUUCAGGGCUGUGCUGAGGAUUCCCUCUGAGCAGGCACAGCACAAAGCCUUUUCCACGUGCCUCCCUCACCUUGCUGUGGUUUUCUUGCUCACCAGUACUGGCACAUUUGCCCACCUGUAG